GUUUCAUUUGCUGUCUUCAUCCAACAAGUGCACGCGCGCUAGCCGCUUGCUGCGUAUCCUCGCCACGCGAACUGUUCUUCGCGAGGUCGUUGAGUUGAGUCUUAUCAACUUGUAGCUCUGUUACAGACGCCACCGGGAGCUCUCUGCCUCCACAAUGCUCAGCCAGCAGCUCGCACGGCGCCAGGUUUCCAGCGCGCGGCCGUCUACGCAGAGACCUGUGUGCUCACGGCCAUGUGUCCGCGCUCGCAUUUUCCGGCGAGACGGGCCUUUGGCUGUUGAGGAAGUGGCUGUGGACGAGUUCAAUGCACCUACCAAGCGCCAGCGGGAGCAGCUAAAGCGUACGCUUCAGGAGCUUGGUUUCACUGAGCAAGCGGCUGACAUCCUUGCAUUCAGCAAGAUCACCAACUCGAACUGUGACCUGCUCAUCGGCGACAUCCGCGCCUCGUUCGGCGUGUACCAGGCGCCCCCGCCCGUGGGCCCCGUGGAGUCCGUGCAGAACGGCGUGCAGGACCUGCUGGAGCGGCUGCGCCUGCCCUUCCUGGGCGUGCUGGUCGCCGCGGGCAUCUUUGCAGCCAUCAGCAACCAGGUAACGAUGCUGGGCUAGAGGAGUCGGAGGAGGAGAAUGGAGAAGGGCGCGGAGGAGGAGUGGAGCGGGAUACGCGGGCAGGCAAGGAGCGGGGGAGCGGCGCCGGCACACCGUGUGCAGCCCUUCCCGCUGCCUGUCUGACGCCGCAUCCGCUGCCGAAAGUCCAUUAUGUAACGCAUGCGGCGGCUACCGCUGGUCACCGCUGCCGUUGCCACCUCCAAGUCGCCAGGGACGGUAUGAUGGUUGCGUGUGAGUUAAGGCCUAGGUUUUGGACGCGGUGUGCUCGCUUCAGCACUCAACUGUACAUCAUUCACGCCCGCAAUGCGGUGUCGCUGGGUUCAAAUCCGGGCACGCGCUGAAGUUACGGAAGGAAGCUGGAUACGCAUAUACGCAUGGCGUUAGGACACGCGUGAAGCGGUUGCAAAUGGACAUCAGUAAUGGGUGUUGGAUAUCGUAAUGUCUUUUCAGGCGCGUAUGCUUUGGGGUCGAGCGCACACAAGCUGUACGGUCCCGGGGCCGGCACAACGCGAGGUGGAUAGGCACAAGUUGAAUUGCGGAAAUCUACAAGGCAGGUGGCAGGCAGCAGAGAUUGCUAGUCGUGUUGGUAACUGAAUGCUGGAUGUUGCACAUGCGGCCCAAGGACCCGACACAUCGUUUGUUCGGUGUGGGUGCUUGUUAGGGGCCCGGGUGUUAGAUAUUUGAUCGGCAGGAUAGGUGGGGAGCAGACACGAUUACGGUAUAAGUACUGAGAGUUUGUGCGAGCCAUAUGCAUAUUGUUUAUUAUGGCAAGGGAAGCGGUGAUCCCAUACGGGUGUACCCUUAGUGGAAGAUGGGCGUGGCGGCCGGUCUGUCGCUGCCGGCCGAACGCGCGCAUCCACACGUCUGGAGGUGACUGUCGAUUCCUUACGUUGCGACGCUUUGCUGAGAUGCAGGGGCACGGGGCGCAAGUAAUUGAGGCCGCGCUGUGCCGCAAUUGGCCGAGACCCCAACGUGUGGCCAUUGUAACACGGAGAGCGCUUACGACUGGGCGGCAUUGCGAGUGCAAGGGUACCUGCUUGUUUUACGGGGAAUAACUGUACGAUGCGGACAGGUCGAGGCUGGAGCUGGCUGCGGCCAGGGCGUGACCGCGUGAGAGGCCCCGUCUGGGCCGCCCAGACAGCUGAGAUGAAGCAGCAAGUCAUAGCAACAAGAAUACAAGAUAGAGGAUGGAUCUGUUGAAGUCCAAGUACAAGCAAGAGCAGAGGGUGGUGAGAAGGAUAGUGCCGAGUCGGGACUACGCUUUCCUGCCCCUUGCCAUGUUCCAUCACGAGUGCCGAGUGUGAUGGCUAGCAUCCCGGCCCACAAACCCCAAAAGGCGAUGGGACAGUGUUUAGGCAGGUUGGUGGAGUCCCGUAGGGUUCAGCGGAUACCCAGACCCCAGCGGAUGGCAAACAAUUUGCAACGGCAGGGCAGGACUGCAGGAGUGCGCGGCCACAAGGCGGGUCAGGGCAAGAGAUCAAGCAUGGAGCUGUAGGGGGACUGCCAAGGCGGCAAGGCCUGGACUCUGGACGCACUCCUCUGUCGGAGACACUGUAGCUGCAUCGUGAGCCUGAUGUGCACUCCACAGCUCCACGGACA